UAGAUAUAGAGAUGAAGUCAUUCAAGAUAGUUUCAUUCACAUUCAUGUUUGCACGAGUCACAUUCUUCACUUCGGUAGUGAUAUUUGCCGGAUAACCAUCUAAUAAGACUGAUUCCGAUUCUACCUCAUUAAUUUAUAGUGGUUUAAUAAAUUUCGUAGGUACUUGCAAACAUUUUUAACGAUUAUCUUUUACUAUUUUCAAGACUAUGAAAAAGAUUAUGUUUGGUCGUAAAGAAGUCAAUUCGCCGCAGCAAAUGAUACCCACCGUGGCGCCAGCUUACACAAUUGAACGCUAUUCCGCUUAUUAUCCGAUGAAUCAUAAGCACCGCGGCAAAGCCAUCAUAUUUGCACAUUCAGUUUUCGCUGUGAAAAACGUAAAUCUUCCGAACAGAGAUGGAAGUGAUGUGGAUUGUGAAAUGUUGGUGGAGUCGCUGAAGCGAUUGCAUUUUGAUGUAACUUUGUACAAGGAUUACCGACUGAAAGACAUUCUCCUUGUCAUAGAGAAAGUUUCUUUAAUGGACCAUUCCAACAGUGACUGCCUGCUAGUAGCUGUUCUAUCGCAUGGGGAUGAAGGCGAAGUAAUAUACGCUCACGACUGCCCUUAUCAGAUAUCGAGUAUUUGGACGCAGUUUACGGGGGAUCGGUGUCGGACGUUAGUAGGAAAGCCUAAAAUCUUCAUCAUUCAAGCAUGUCGAGGAAACGACCUCGAUUCUGGUGUCAAAGUUGAAAAAGACGGCGUUGCAAGAUACAGCAUCCCAACGAAUGCCGACUUCCUGUUUGCUUUUGCCACAAUUCCGGGCUACAUGUCGUUCCGUAACACCAAGAACGGUUCCUGGUUCAUCCGAGAGUUGUGCAACGAACUGAAUGAAAACGGACAACGAUACGAUAUGCUAACACUGCUAACUUUUGUAGUACAGAAGGUAGCUUAUGGAUAUGAGUCAUACGCUCCUGUUCAUCCAGAUCACCACAUGAAGAAGCAAACUCCCUGCGUGGUGUCUAUGUUAACUAGGCUGUUGCUGUUCAACAAUGUUUAACUAUUAAGGUGCUAACGAAGUUUCAAGGCUUUGCCAAACGACAUUAUCAUGAGAUCUAAUGAUAGAAGAAACAAAUUUAGUACACUCCAGAAUGCAUUCAAAAUCAUUUUAAAAUCGCUUAGUUUCCAUCCCAAAGAUAAGUGCAACAGUCAUACGAAUAAUCAUGUUUACUAAUUGCUAUACACUACCAGUAUUGGUUACCAUUGUACUAAAUACAAGUUUUCAUUUUUAUGUUAACAAUAAUUUGUUUUAUUUAAUCAAUAUAUAAUUGAGUUUCUACCAAA